AUGAACCCUCAAUCCCCAGGAAACCCCCGCAUCUCAGAAGAGAGCGAGUCCUUCAACUCACCGCCAAUUCCUUUGAAUCCGCUUGCAGCCCUCGACGGGAAAUACACAUCGUAUCUGAACGGCGACCUUGACGAUGAAGAGGACGACGAUAUUGCAGACCAGGGUAGUCGAGCUCUCCUCGGCUCCCGUGAGGGAACUCGCGGCCGAGAAAGAGUAGCCAAGUUUGCCACCGGGCUGUGGCCUCAGAUCAAGGGCAUUGUCAUCGAGAGCGCACCAACGCUGCUUCUGACUACGGUCGGGCUGCUGUUCACCGGCGAACUCCUGGAUCAAGUCUCACGCUGGCGUGCCAUGAAGGAGGUCGACCAGCUCAUUAUGAUCAUACCCGUAGUCUUGAAUCUGAAGGGAAAUCUGGAAAUGAACCUGUCUGCGCGUCUUGGCACUGCGGCCAAUGUUGGCGAACUGGAUGAUCCAAAGACGCGGCGGGGCAUGAUACUGGGGAACCUGACGUUGCUGCAGGUGCAGGCCGCAGUUGUAUCGUUUGUCGCUGCGGGCGUAUCGUUGAUACUCGGCCUGAUGAUACCCAAAAUGAAGGGCGUGCAAGCCAAGAUAGACGUUCGCCACCCGCCCGUCCGAAUUCCCCUUCACGAGGAAGGGAGGAAAUCUGGGUUCCCAGAGUACGUGUCAUUUUGCAAAAAUUCAUUCCCCCAGUCUCACGGGACGAUUAGACUGAUCAUGGUCUCUGCGACGGCAAUGACGGCGGCCAGCUUAUCAAGCCUCAUCCUCGGUUCCUUCAUGUGCUUCCUCAUUGUCGUGUGUCGACACUUCGGCCGUGACCCCGAUAAUAUCGCACCACCAGUAGCGUCGUGCUUGGGUGAUUUGGUGACUCUGCUGCUUAUUGGCGCGACUUCUACCGGGUUGAUAGGUUUCAUACAUACCCCGCUACCUUUAAUCGUCGGACUUUCAGUCGUGGGGGUCGCGACAACGUGCUUCUUCUUGACACGUCGUAAUGAACAUGUCAGAGAGCUCGUGAAAGAGGGCUGGUCGCCGCUGUUCGGUGCCAUGGUUAUUAGUAGCUGCACGGGUAUAGUGUUAGACCUCUUUGUCAGUCGAUACGAAGGAUUCGCCUUGCUUGCUGUCGUCAUCAGUGGUCUUCCUGGUAGCGUGGGGUCCAUCUUCGUGUCCCGGUUGUCGACAGCACUCCACGCCGCUGCACUACCAUCCUCCCCAGCACCAUACAGGGAACCAAGCCCGCUUGUGGUCAUGAUCACCCUCAUUGUGAUCACAAUCCCCGUCGAAAUCAUCUUCCUCUCCAUCCUCCACGGGCUCGGCUGGCUGCGGCUACCCUUCGUCUUUGUGGCAUUCUCGAUAUUGUUCUUCUGCUGUGCCGUUACUGCUUCCUUAAUAAUCGCCCGGGCGUUGACGAACUUCCUAUGGAAGAGGAAAUACGACCCAGAUAUGUACGCCUUGCCGAUACACUCAGCGUUAAUGGACCUAAUAGGGCAGCUGCUCUUGGUCCUAUGCUUCGAGAUUGUGUCGCUGCUGGGCGUGACGAUUCAUGGAAAGUCGUGA